CUCCAGCCACCUGCCCCUACCUUAGGGGGCGGGGUUACCUGGGCCCCGCCCCCCGCGGCUCGGAUUCCCAGGCCGCGCUUCCUCCUCCUCUAGCCCCGCCCCCAGCGCGAGGCCCUGCCCCUUCGAACCCUGAGCCCGGGCGCCUCGUGAUGUCACGGCAGCUUUGAUACAAAGAGCCCUUCGGCCCACGCGGGUCUCCCGGCAACGGGCGCGGGUGGGGGCGGGGCCGGCGCCUUCAACUGGUGCCGAACCGGGCAAGCAGCCGCGGCUCCGACCGGACUGUUGCUGCGCCCUCCGCUUGGCCGGCGGCAUCCCCGUCGGCCCCGCCGACCCGCGCCCGCCCACUUCUCGCCCUUCGGCAGCACACCGACCCGCGGUUGGACUGGGGAUGCGCACCCCGCCGGCCCCUGGGGGCCAGGGCAGCGAGGUGCCAGACCCCACCUUUGCUGAUGGCGAGCUCCUCCCCAGGGAGUCCGGCUUCUUUCCUGUGGAUGAGGACGAGGCCAUGACGCUGGCCCCGCCCGAGGGCCCCCAGGAGUCGGACAUGGACGGCCCCACGGAGAGCACCCGGAGCCUGGAGGGGCCGGUCGGGAUUCCCGCCGAGGAGAAGGAUGCAGGGCUCAGGGGCCUGUUCCUUCCAGAGGACAAGUCCCUGGGCUGCACUCCGUCCAUGACCACGUCAGACCUCUCCACACACUCCACCGCCUCACUCAUCAGCAACGAGGAGCAGUUUGAAGACUACGGGGAGGCGGAUGACGUGGACUGUGCCCCCAGCAGCCCCUGCCCCGACGACGAGACCAGGACCAACGUCUACUCGGACCUGGGGUCGUCGGUGUCCUCCAGCGCGGGGCAGACGCCUAGGAAGAUGCGGCACGCGUACAACAGCGAAUUGCUGGAUGUUUACUGCUCUCAGUGCUGCAAGAAAAUCAACCUGCUCAAUGAUUUGGAAGCCCGACUGAAAAACCUGAAGGCCAACAGCCCCAACCGGAAGAUCUCUAGCACAGCCUUUGGACGGCAGCUCAUGCACAGCAGCAACUUCAGCAGCAGCAAUGGCAGCACCGAGGACCUGUUCCGGGACAGCAUCGACUCCUGUGAUAACGACAUCACUGAGAAGGUGAGUUUUCUGGAAAAAAAGGUGACAGAGCUGGAGAAUGACAGCCUGACCAAUGGGGACCUGAAGAGCAAGCUGAAGCAGGAAAACACACAGCUGGUGCACAGGGUGCAUGAACUGGAGGAGAUGGUGAAGGAUCAGGAGACCAUGGCCGAGCAGGCCCUGGAGGAGGAGGCUCGGCGCCACCGUGAGGCCUACAGCAAGCUGGAACGGGAGCGCAGCACGGAGAUCGAGCUGCUGAACACCAGGGUGCAGCAAUUAGAGGAAGAAAAUACCGAGCUUAGAACGACAGUGACUCGGCUGAAGUCACAAACAGAGAAGCUGGAUGAGGAGCGGCAGCGCAUGUCCGACCGGCUGGAGGACACCAGCCUGCGGCUCAAGGAUGAGAUGGACCUGUACAAGCGCAUGAUGGACAAGCUGCGGCAGAACCGCCUUGAGUUCCAGAAGGAGCGGGAGGCGACGCAGGAGCUCAUCGAGGACUUGCGCAAGGAGCUGGAGCACCUGCAGAUGUACAAGCUGGAGUGCGAGCGGCCGGGCAGGGGCCGCGGCUCGUCCUCCGGCCUGGGCGAGUUCAAUGCCAGGGCCCGAGAGGUGGAGCUGGAGCAUGAGGUCAAGCGGCUCAAGCAGGAGAAUCAUAAGCUGCGGGAUCAGAAUGACGACUUGAACGGGCAGAUCUUGAGCCUCAGCCUCUACGAAGCAAAGAACCUCUUUGCCACCCAGACCAAAGCCCAGUCGCUGGCUGCGGAAAUAGACACAGCCUCUCGUGAUGAGCUCAUGGAAGCCCUAAAGGAGCAGGAGGAGAUCAACUUCCGGCUGAGGCAGUACAUGGACAAGAUUAUCCUUGCCAUCCUGGACCACAAUCCCUCCAUCCUCGAGAUCAAACACUGAGACAAGGGGCCUGGCUGCAGAGCGGCCUCGGGACCCCUGGACCCCGGGAUUAAGGGCCAGAUCCUGCCUGAGGAUGCGGCCCAGGCCGGGCUCCCACGCACACUGUUAAUGUGUCUCUGGCCACGGUGGUGUAACGUGUACUGGUGUGUAUGGGGGGAGGCCAUACGCACAGCAAGGGGUGAGCGUGGGCCAUGGCUGCGGGCGCCAUCUGGGCUGUUAGCCGUCCUUGCACUUUGUGGUCCCUUUGCGAGGGGCAGAGGGUCCCCGAGGUGGGCGGGGGCGAGGUCAGCGGUCAGGAGUUACUGUAAUGAUGAGAGCUAGAAGCUUGUGUUUCAGAUACUGGAUAAAAUGAUUCUACCUCUGGGGACCAGGAUUAAAAAGUACUCUAGUGAGACAGGCUCUUCCACCUCAUCCCUGUUUCCCCCUGGGAGUGGGAGCAAAAUUACGAUCUUUUCCAGGAGUUCAAAUGCCUCACCAACCUCUUCGGCCACCUUUCAGGCCCAGGUGCUUGAGCUCGGAGAGGAAGAAGGAGCAUAUGGGGGGAACGUGUAGGGGCCCCGCACGAGCCCCCCCACCCCCAGCCGGCAGCCCGUGUGAGGCUUGUGCACAGAGUGUCCCAAGGACUCAGGUUUGUGGAGGAGCUGGAGGGGGCGACCUUCAUCCUGAGAAUUCUUGGCGUUUUGAGAGUUCCCCGCAAACUUCUCCAUCCCUGCUCACCUACCUCUCCCUCUCUGUUUUGUUUUUUAAGACAGUGAAAAAUAAGCAGCGUUCACCUGGGUGUACACGAAGGGUUAAAAGAAAGGGGAAGGAGGCUGGGGACGGUCUAAGGCACGUGUUGGCGUUGGGCAGCCAAAGACACGAUUUUCGGGCGGGAGCACGCUCAGGUCCCUGCCAGCAUCCUUUCCCGUGGAUGCCUUUCAAGAGAGGACAUGGACGGACCCUCUCGACAGCUCCCUCGGGCUAGAAGUGGGCCUUGCUUACCUGUCCCUGGUGAUGGCCUUGGGUUUGGAUGUUCAGAAUCCAAGCUCUGGGCUUGGCUCAGUUGGGUGGUGAGGGCCCCGUGUUCCAGCCUUUAGAAACACACCUGAACUCGGGUCUCAGCCAGGGGAACAAACGCUGUGCUGGUGGGAGAGACAGUUGGGGAAGUUGCAGGGAAACCUUAGUCUUCCAUCCUGGUGACACAUGGUGGAAAUUCACCCUCUGGAUCUUUCAUGUGAUGUUUUGUUCUAGGUGGCUGGGAGUAGAUACGGUACUUUCCUUUGAGUUUUCCAAUGUGUCUCAGUUUUGUAUGGCUUGUGAAUUGUUUCCUUAAUCCAAAUACAUAUAAACAAUGUAUGGUCUUAUUUUCCCCCCUGCAGUUUCUUGUUUCCUUCAGCACUUCUAGUGUGAACAGGAAAGCUUGGGCAUCUUGGGGAGGGGUGUAUGCAAAGGAGAGAGGGCAAGAGAGGGUGAAGAGGGGACCUAGGGACUCGAGUGUGUUCCUGCUCACAGAGCAGGGCUGUGGCCAGGACUGAUCUUCAUCCCAUUCCAGUCAACGUUUGCUUUUGUUGGAUUUCGUGAUUUCUUUCUAAGCGUAUGCAUGGGAUUUGUUUCCUGCAGCAAAUCAUGGGGCUGCAUCGGUCUGAUCCAGGACUUUGGGGCCGCCCACACCAGGAAGAUGAGGGCAGGGGUCAGUCUCCUGGGAGUCUCUCAACCCCCUAAGGACACUGGUCUCCUUGGGCCCCCCAGGGGUCUAAGCAGAAGCAGCGGUGGAAAGAAGGCACGAGGAGUGGGUCUCUUGAGAAUUUGCUAGUAGGAAGGAAUGGCAUGAGUUAAAGGAUAGGAAAGAUGAUGAAUCACGAGGUGGCUUUGGUCUGGGUUUUAUAUGGGGAGGCGUCCUGCAGAGAGGCCAGCCGGAUCCGGAUCCUAGUCUGUGGGGGACUCGCCCCAGGGAUGAGCAUUUUAUGUGUAACCGUUUAUGUGCUGCUUAGCCGCCCUGAUGUGGAAUUCCAGGGGAGGCCGCAGAGGCCUGAGUUAAUAAAGUCACAAUGUGGGAAGGAAUCUCCGCCAAGCGGAAAGCGGUGGAAAAAGCUGUCAGCCUGCAGGGGGCGCCACGGGAGCGGACUCCCGCAGGAAGCGCUAGUCGGGAAGGCCCCUCGGCACCUGGUCUCUGGAACGGGCUGACUGUAAAAUGAGACUGAGUUCCACUUAACACACGCCCCAUGUUGAGUCCAACCUUUUCACUUCAGCCAGAAUGUACCAGAUUGGCUUUUUAAGAGCCUGUAGCUUUUUAGCCUGAGGGGGGCAGACGCCGGAGGGGUCCCAGCCCCACAGCCUCUGGGCAGGUUCCAGAGCUGGACUGACUGCUCCAGGUGGGGCAGAACGUGCUCUCUUCCUGUGUUUUCUCCUUCCUUUGUUUUCCGGUGGAGCGUUCUGCUUUUCUCUCUUCAGCGGUGGGGCUGCUAGAUAGUAUACAGGAUGCCCAAUGAAAUCUGAAUUUCAGGUAAGCAAAUGACUUUCAGUAGGUGUUCCCUGCAGUACUUGGGACACAUUUUAAAUGGAGAAGCUUUUAAAAUUCUGAUAACUGGGCCCAGUCCCCAGAGGUUCUGAUUCCGUCGGUGUGGGGUGUGGCCCAGGCAUCAGUGUUGUGUUUUUUUUUUUAAAGAAUUCCCCAGGUGAUUAUAAUUUAACUGGGUGCCCCAUGUGGGUUUUGGUUUUGCUAAGCCUGGCAACUGUACCAAGUAGGGAUUAGCGGUAACUUGUGUGAAGUUUAGAGGUGUUUGGGGGUGUGGGGAGGGGGUUCUGCAGCAGAUUCACAUUUUACAUGACUCUGAGCUAUCCUUGCAUUCAAUCAGAGCCCCAACAAAGUUCGUUGAACCAGCAAGUGUU